GUUCGCGUGGCCAGCUACGUCAAAGCCAGCGCUAUUGAUGGGUUUCUUAAUGUUCAGACGGGGGGCUCGUUGAACUCAUUUGCUGCUUGGACGACGGUAAUCACACAGCCCCCUUUCCGCGUUGGCUUGUCUCACACACUGAACACUAUCCUCGCCGUCAUUAGAAACAUCAUCAGGGUCUUCAUCUACGCGGAGAUUCACCGCGCGCUUUCAGUCUCCUGGAGCGGCCUGUUAUUCGUCGAAGUUGACUACCUGACGAGGCAUUCGUCAUUUUUUUUAAAGGCCGGGUUGGUUCGGAGGCGCAUGUUUAACAUACAGCGAUGAUUGAAGGAAAGGGUUACACGUGUCUUGUCCGGCUUGGCGGGAAGUGAUGGGAUACAUGUAAGUUUCUUCGUUCCUUCGACUGCACGUUGGAAGGAAGGGAGGUGCUGAAUUACAAUCCAGAGAGGUGCUGUCACGAUGACCACAGAGUCAACGGAUUCAAGAACACAGAUGUUAACCAGUAUAUAUACCGUUGAGGUUACCGACAUGUUCGCAUUCUACGACAACGACACGGUGGGGGAGCCCGACCCGAACAAGAACUCCUGGCUCCCCAUGGAGUUCCAGAUCACCGCGCUGUGGUUCGUGUUCGCCGUCAGUGUUGUUGGCAAUCUGCUUGUGUUCCAGUGGAUGAGGUUCAACUGGCAUCGCAAGUCCCGGGUGAACACGAUUGUGUUGGGCAUCGCAAGCGCUGACCUGUCCGUCAGCCUGUUCGCCAUCAUGCCCACUGCCGUCAUAGAAAGUUCCGGUCCGUGGACAGCUGGGAACGCCACGUGCAAGAUUGUCAUGUACAUCCAGGGUGCCGCCUUGAUCAGCAGCGGCAACAUGAUCGCCAUCAUGGCAAUCGACCGCCACCAGGCUGUCCGGAGCCCCCUCAGUGCUUUCAUUCCCGCCUGGAAACUUGUUCUUGGGGCCUGGGCAGCUGCUUGCGUGCUGGCUGUGCCGCAGUUCUUCAUCUGGCUCGUCAAGGAAAGAAGUGGACGACUGGUCUGCGGUACCAUUCUUUCAAAGGACCAACCUGGUUUGCGAAUGGCGUAUCUCACCUACGUCGCCUUUAUUACCUUCUUGGUACCGUUUGGGAUCAUCAGCGUGGCUUACGUGCGGCUAUGCAAGACAAUCUGGGAGAAAUCCCGGGAGUGUUCGGGCAAGCAGCGGCACGGCCAGAUUGAGCUGCGGCGUGUCCCCACGGGAACGCUGACCAAAGCCAAGAAGAAGACACUCAAGAUGACUAUCGUCAUCAUCGCGGUGUUUGUCCUGUGCGGUUCCCCGUACUUCAUUGUGGAGAUGUUGAGGACUUAUCGUGCGGAGCUGCUCAGCCCCGGUGUCUACAACCUCUUCAGCAUCUUCGCCGUGACCAAUUCGGCCCUCAACCCUUUCGUGUUCCUCUUCUUUAAUGUCACCACUCGGUUCUGGAAGGACAUGUUCCCCUGCGUCUCCAAAAGCAGUCCUGAGGCAACGUACAACAGGUACUCCGUGAAGUUCUCCUCGUCCAAUUCCCGCCAGCACUCCAAGUCUUACGGUGAUCCCCACACGCGCGCCACCGACCUGGAAUCGGGCGUGACAAUCAACUGUACCGACUAAACUAAAGACUGCGCUGUUGGAGGAGGAAGGAGGUCAUCGAAAGUGGACGUCGGAGGGGGGAGGGGAAGACUACCCAAAACAAAAUUGCGCCCUCCCCUCUGACCAGGUCACCAUUAUCUCUACAAUCAGCACUGUCGAACUCCGACUCCGAGAUCGGAGGUGUUAAGAUUAGGGCUGGUCUAUAGUCAGCCGUAUAAGAUAUGAUUUUGUUAAUUACGGUUAUGGCACCUGCCUGGGUGGUUGGCAGUUACGAUGGCUUUGAUCUUAAUCGAGGUCGAACUCAUCGACUGAUGGAUUGGGGAACUCCGUGAAAGCAGUUGUGGAUUCACAGACUGUUGCUCUCCAAUCAAUUAAGUAUCCUUUGCUUAUCGACAAGAGCUGUGGCGACGUCAAGACACAUUAUCGGCAAUAGCUUUCUCAAAGGCAGCUUUGAACUUUUUUGGAAACAGUGCAUCCACUGUAAUCUGUAUUUGUAAAUAUUGUAAUUUAUGGAGUACCUUUAUCGUCUCCAUUCUCUUAAUUUGCUCAUAUCAAAAAGCGCAUUCAGAUAACAAUGAGCCACUAUACAGUACUGAAUAACUGUUUUCAAAUAAUGCACUGUAAGGGCUAUGUAAGUUUUGAUUUGUCCCAAGCUCUUUUAACUGUCGAAACCCCCAUGUUUUCCUCACAAAGGACGCAUACCUUUUAAGCUUACAGGAUUUCGUUCAGAGAUUUCGAUGCUUAAAGGUUCGUUUCCUGACAAGAUAAAUACGACGUAAAGGUAAUCGUCUUGAAAAGGCCAAAAAUUUCUAUACAUCAUUAGAUUAUUUAUUAGCUAGCGUUUGUUUGUCUAGCAUGAGAAGCGCUUAUUUUUCACGGUAAAUACGCCCUAACGUAUACCAGCAUAACGUUAUAAUCAAACCUCAUGCAGAGCAGACACAAUGCCCAUUGUUCUGAACGAGCACACGUUUUGCCAUGUGUUUUUUUUUGUGCGCGACCAUUUUUAAUUGUUUUGCUCGUGGCUGCAAGUGUAUACAGAUGAAAUGCGCGGUUGAUAUUUCGUGUAGAAGGUUUCCCAAUUGAAGAAAAACACAACUUUCAAAUUAUGGAAAGAUUUGUGCAGACAAGCAUGCACGAUGAUGGCCGCCGAUUCUUGUGGAGCACAAGAUCCCGUUACUAUACCAACGACUGGCCAUGACUACGAUUGCGUAAUAACAUCAGUUGCGUGCACCACUGUAUACACGUAUAUAGCAAGUAUGUUGUAAAUAGGAUGAUCAUUGUAUACCGUAUAUCUGUCAAAGAAAAGUAAUGCGAACAACAUUUCAAAAUGGCCGUAUUUUUAAACACUGCGAAAUGCCUUAUAAUCGUCUCCAGUCGUUUAUACACCAAUAUUUAUAUUGUUCCAUUUUUCAUUGUAAGAUACCUCAUUGUAAAAAUGUCAAAAAUUAUGUGGACUUCAGACGUACUCCCUAGAAGCUGAAACCUGCCUUGUAUGCGCUACCCACGUAUUUCCACGAAUAAUCCAGAAUAAGGUACGUGUUAAAAAAAGUGAACGGAACCUGUUUUAACUCUCAAUGUAAAUAAGUAGUGUAGGUUUACUUGUGAAGAACUUUGGAACCCAAUUUAGUGUCUCCUGCGAUGUAUCCAGUAUUUCAACACCCCUCCGCCUCUUCUGCUCUACUCCAACUACUACGUGAUGGGUUCAGGUGGACUGUGAUGUCAGAGCUUAUCUGGUGUAACAAAGGACUAGUGGGGUGAUAUUCAGGUACCGAGAGAACUAUACGAGCGUGCGUUGAGUGAGGUAGAGGUCUUUGUCGAAUACACAGGCGCAAAAUGUUACAAAGGUAUAAUCCAUUUUGAAAGCCAUGCAUAGUUUAUUUCACAGCAAAGAAAUAAACAAAACAAUGACAAACUGUACAAGAAGAAUCUAUUGUAUGGAAACAACACAACAUGAGGUACUGUCAACACAGAAGUGACGGACGGACGGAGCCCGUCGUCUUAAGUCCUUUUUCCCCCGUGAUAUCGCCGUCGAAAUCGGAAUCUUUUCUGUAGCAUUUAGGAUGAUGUCUUACGCAACAUUUCACGCCUGGGUGAUCUGUGCACGGGACACACGGUUGUCGGGGGUGUCAAUUUAUUGUCGCACAGUCCCGUGGUUGUCCUCUCAAAUUUUUCAUUGACCGUAUUUGUUAACACACCACCGUCUAUUUGAAAUAUCAGUAGCCUAUGUGUUAAGUAUAAAAAUGCUUUGUGUGAUUCGGCAACACCAUUACAGUUUCGUCAACACCUUCACAGUGCGUGGAUGACUCCAUGUUAAUGAAAACCGUGGCGAACUCCGUUGUAACUUGUCCUUGAGAGGCCGAUACAUAAUGGGAGAGAAAUUGCCUUCAGCCCAUUCUCUUGGGAAGGCUGGGCGAAAGUGUAUCUAUAUGUCAGGUAUGAUACUCCAAAAGUGUCACAUAUGUUCACGUUCCGUGCAUAAUGCAGGAAAAGAUACACUCGCGAUGCAAAAUGCUUCAGAUAUACAAAUUCUGCAGUAGGCCUAUAUCCCGCAUCACGAGCAUAACGUUAACGGUCAGCUCGUUUACAACAGUUUGAGCUUCUCCUGACAAGAUGCACGAUGAUUUACAUCUUCGCGAUAACCCAAUUUGUCCCUCAGGGUAUUCGCUGACUAAUUUCGAUCCUCUGAAUAAAUUUUACAUGCACCACCAUCUGAGUACUUUAUACUUCAUUACAAUUUCCAAUAAUUCCCUCAACAAGCACCUGUACUGAGCAACGACUUCUGAGCGAUAUUACCUAUUCCAAACCUUUUUGGACUCAUUUAAUUAAAUACAUGUGCCCUUUUAUUGAACGAGAAUCGCUGUUAAUUUUAUCUGGUUUAUCUGUCUUUAAAAGGGUUCAUUUUGCUGUGCGUUCGGUUCAAUAAAAUAUAGAAAAUAUCAAACCAAACCUUAGUCUUAUAUAUAUAUCUGAGCUGGGUUAGUGGAUUAAAUUAACAAAACUGAAACGCAGAGAAUACUCAAUCUAGGCCAUGGCCAGCUCAUCUAAGAAAUCAAAGGAUAUGCAACCCCUCCCCAUAAAAUUCAAUUAAAUGCAAUGCAAACAUUCCUUAACUAAAUCAAAACAAACAAAACAGUUCACCGAAUGGGCCAGAGUAUGAAACCACUCCAAGUCAAUUUAAACCGAUGUACAAAAAGAGAGACCAAUUCAAACCAAAAUUACAGUGGAAGGACAGCCUGCGACGGGCAAACCUGGUGGAAAGGGAACGAAUUCACUGGACUAAUUCUGAAUAACUGUAAGACUUGUCGAACAAAAUAUAACAAACCGCAAACAAGCAUACCAUAAAUUGGAGGAAGCAUGAUUAAUCCCAAUAUGAUCUCUUCAGUCUGAGAUUAUAAAGUAAAACCAAACCCUUCUUAUUUGUACCAACUGUCCAAUACGGAUCCUAAUCAACACACGCAAAAAAAAAAAGAACAACAACCAAAAAAAAAAAAGAAACCAGUUUCACAAGACAAGAGAAAUGUAUUCAUUUCGUCGCCAGUGCCGAGCUUGCUCUCUAAGGUCAUUUGGGAAAGGAUUAUGUGCAUUGAUUACCAGAGUGGAAACCAGGAGAAAUAGUUCAGUCUCCCUACGAAUGCAAGUGAAAGACAAUAUGAACAGAGUGAAUAAACAAGACUGUGAGAAAAGUCGGUCCAGAUAUGUAAGAAUCGAGGGAAGUGAAAGUGCGCCAAAUUUUAACUGAAACUGCAGGAUGCUCUGAUGCACUUAAUUAACCACGCGUCCUUUUCCCGUUUAGCGAAUCCGACGAUGCGGUCCUUUACUCAAACAACACUGAAGGGCAGUUUUCACGUCCGAGUGUCCCCUUUCGCCAUUUGAUUAAACACACUGAACCCUAAUUGGACUGAAAAGCUCCGACGCCCGUCUUUGCACUUUCUUGCGGCUCGCAGAGUCUUACAGUUCCUUGAGCGUUUCCCAAAGUGGUAAUAUGUUGACGUUGUGAUGAGGAGGAUGUUGUUUGAGAGAAUUCGAGAGAGAGAGAGAGAAGAGACGCGUGAUGCAAGGAAGUUCAAGGAACCUUCCACUGCAUUUAGUACGUAUGAAAAAGUAGCGAUUCUGCAUUUAUAUAACCUAUAAAGUUACAGGUGAUGCAAUUACAUUGAGUAAAAGUAGAUGUGUAGGGUAGCGUUUUUGUAUCCAGAACUUGUUUGGGCGAUAUAUUUAGUGGCUCAGAAAUUCUCAGGGGCCAAUUUACACACACGAGCGGCAUAACAGCAAGCGUUAACGAAAGGAGAUAUGUCGCGAAGUAUUGUACAACUGAAAACAAGGCAGAAAAAGCCACUUUUUUCUCUUCUCCGCGUGCUCAAAUACAACGGUUUAUCGCCAUAUCUUGCGAUUUAUCAGGUCUCGUACGUGUCAAUAGGCCCUUAAGUUUUAACUGUAAACGCCACUUUCCCUCUUUGUGGCACCGGGAUACACCGACGCAGUUUCAGUCUCCCUGCAGGCCAAUCUAUCUGAGACAUGUUUAUUUCUGACCCAUUUUUUUUUAUCCUGUCAGACAAUUUUCAGAGUGACUUACAGCCUUUUGUACCUCAGAUUUCUUUCUUAAAUCCAGAGCACUGACCGCGGCUUUUAUGAAAUCGAGAUUUGCAGUCGGUAGCAGAUGUAUGUCAUUAGGAGCUAUCGUGCAGGGUGAAUGCCUCGCGGUCUCUGUAAAUUGAAUGAAUUAUAUCAGUGUCUUUGAUUUCACAGACUACGGGGUUCCAUGGUUUUCCCUUUGAUUUUUUUAUCUGCAAUGAAAUUAUGAAAAAUGUCAUAUACUGGCAACAGACGUACAUCAAAGGUAGGAAAAAUGAUACCGCAAAAGGUCAGGUAAAAUUUAUUCCUGUCGAUUUGAGUCUCUGACUCGUUUUGAGCUGCAGUUUCUUCCGGAAAGGUCACAAAUUCCCGCAAACUGGUACAUUCGUGGUUAUGAACCAUCGAAUUAUCGGUGCAAGUUUGUAUAAAUUGAAAAUAAUGAACACGGUACCUUUCUCUGAACAGUUUUGCUGCUAAACCAUAGGCGGUAUCUGUGAUUCACACCCAUGCAAAAGGAGUAAACUUUGUUAAGCAUUGGCUGCAAUGGUAUCGAUUACCAAUAAUCGGAUUGACAAGUUGUGUACUUGGUGUACAUCUCUCUCGCCAACUCAAUCCGAUGCACAAGCUGUUUUGCAUUUUCAAGAGAGACAAACAUAUCAUGCCUGCUGGCGUGAACCUUGAUGCCGUGAAGUCUAGUCUGUCUGUAAAAUAUGGAAAAGACAGUUAGUUUACACUGCUCUUUUUCGUCAUUGAGGAAAUGCUGUUUUGAAGCUAUAUUCUAUUUGCUUUAUAUGCUCUUUUAAAACGCAACUUAAAAUCCCAAAGAAAAAACAUGUUGUAAUAAGAAAUGAUAUUUUUAACGCGUAUGUAAUCACUAGUUAUUAUAAAGAUGUAAAUUACAUGACGACAUUAAGGCAUGAAAGGAACGUUCUAAAAUAAGACUGGUGCCCUGUAUUCCACGCGAUGUAAAACUACUCUCUCUGAACUGUAUAAAGCCACUGUGUUAAUUUAUUAUCAAGUGUAUUAUAUAUGAUAUGACGUGAACUAUUUUGAUAUCAGAAUAGGUCUCAGCCCAACUUCUGAGCAUUUUGUCAUCAGUCUCGUGUAUGUAAGUCUAUAAAGUGUUUCGAAACUAAUUUCUAACCUUUAGCAAAUUUUUGCCUGGAAAGUUUCUCGUUGAUUGUGUGCACUCUACGUCACGUCACCUACGAUCCUUUAUACAGUCUGCCAUAGCACAUUGGAGGCUGCCAUUGUCGUUUGUGUGACAAGCCGCAGCCAAGAGUUGAGGACACGGCAUGACGCCAAAGAUGGCGGGUCGAAGAGAUUGGAGGAAAAAAUGUAUAACGCCUUCUGUAAACGAUCUUGGUGUAUGCUGGAAUGCCCCGUAGCUAUUUUGAAAGGUUAAUUAAUUACUGUGACAAAACAUCAUACAGAUCUGUAGAUCCUCUGUGUCGCUGAUAUUUUGUGAAUGUACAUAAAUGGUAGCAACGUGAAUAAAUGAACCAGAGCUCACCGAA